ACUGUCUCGGCUAGAACAGUACAACGAGUGACAAAGGCUGAUCUAACACUGUUCUAAAUUGUAAAUGGGAACCACCUCUAUAAACCCUCACCUUAUCACUAUGACCAUGUUAGUGGAGGGAUACAGCUGAUAUGAACAGGUUCAAACCAGCCAGCUGCAUGUUUUUGAAAUUCCUUGUAGCAGCUCUCACAGUAUAUAAGGAGGAGUCAGAGAAUGAAGCAGAGAUCAGGACUCUGAGGUGAAUACAGCAGAUAAUAAAGAAGACACGUUUUAGGAGGAGAAGACAACCUUUUUAAGAAUCCUCUGCCUUUGGAGACGCUCUAUUUCUUCAUCUCUCUCUUUUCUUCACUACAGAUCCAUCCAGAGCUAUGCCGUUCCUGGGUAGCUUCCUCUCUGAGGAGCAGUUCCAGUGCUCCAUCUGCCUGGACAUCUUUGACAAUCCUGUCUCCACCCCAUGUGGCCACAGCUUCUGCAUGGUCUGCAUCGGACACUACUGGCAAGGAGUCAAGUUCUGCCAGUGUCCACUCUGCAAGCAAAACUUCAAAAAGAAGCCCGAGCUCCACAUCAACCGCACACUCCGCGAGAUCACUGAGCAGUUCAAGCAGAUGAAGGGGGACCCCGGCGCAUGUGGAGGGAUGGAGUGGGAAGGGCUGCAAAGCAGCAGGAUUGAAGAUCGGCCUCUUAAGCAGAGACAGCUGUCUGGGGAUCUCUUUGUUGAAAUGAAACGCAAGCUUCUCAAGCCCUUCCAUUCCAAAGCAGGCCAGAAUGACAGUCCCACAUUGGUGAUAGAGGGAACAGACUACGAUAUCAUCCAGCCCCAAGAGCUCAUACGCAGUGUGUCUCUAAGGAGGUACACUAUGAGCGGAGCUGUCAAUGCCAAGAAAGUGCCUCAAUGUCCAAAACAUCACCAUAAACUGGAGCUUUUCUGCAAAUCAGAUGGGGAGUUUAUCUGUUCUGAGUGUGCUGAUACAGAUCACCAAUCACAUAAAACCAUCUCUGCAGAGAAGGAGUGGCUGAACAGCAAGAAACAGAUUGCUAUCACUGAAACAGAGAUACAGGAAAUGAUAGAGGAGAGGUUGAGCAAAGCAGAAGAAAUUAAAUUCUCACUGGCGGAAAUCAAAGUGGCUGCAGAGAGGGAGACCCAGGACAGCAUGCGUGUGAUUGGGGCUUUUCUGAGCGCCAUUGAGCGCAGCCAGGCGGAGCUGCUGGAGGUGAUUGAGAUGAGUCGGCGCAAAGUGGAACAUCAGGCCGAAGGCAUGCUAAGAGAACUAGACCUGGAGGUCACAGAGUUAAGGAAGAGAAGUGCUGCAUUGAGCAAACUGGCCCAAAUAGAUGACUGCAUCAGUGGACUGAAGAGCUACUCUGUUCUCAACAAUCCUCUGCCAGACAAAGACUGGACUGGGGUCUCAGUUAAGUGUGAUUUCGAAACAAACGCUAUCUACAGCUCAGUCUGUCAGCUGGUAGAACAGUUCCGUGAGGAGCUUCAGAAAGUGCCUCAAAUCUGCUUAUCAAGUUUAACUGAUGACUCACCAGUGAAACCACAGUCAAAAGUAAAUAGAAUUCAGGACUUUGCAGUGGAUGUCAUCCUAGACCCUGGCACUGCCCAUUCCCAUCUAGUCCUAUCAGAAGACAGAAAGAAGGUGUGGUAUGGGGAAAAGCACCAUCAUGUUCCCAGUAAUCCUGAGCGCUUCAACCAUGUGUUGUGUGCACUGGGGCAGGAAGGCUUCACAGGGGGCCGACAUUACUGGGAAGUGGAAGUGGGUAACAAAACUGACUGGGACUUGGGAGUGGUCAGCCACUCCAUAAACAAAAAGGGAAAGAUAACUCUGAGCAACAGUAAUGGAUGCUGGAUCCUCAGUCUGCGAGACAAAACCCACUAUUCCUUCAGAACAGAGCCUUCCACUCCACUUCACCUCAAUGAGAAACCCCAGAAGAUUGGAGUUUUUGUGGACUAUAUGAAAGGCCAGGUGUCCUUUUAUAAUGUGGAAGCUAAUACGCAUAUCUACACAUUUAUAGACUCAUUCAGUGAGGCAAUAUAUCCCUUUUUGAGCCCAUGCACUAAUAAAUCUGGCAAAAAUGAUGGGCCACUUACUAUUACACCCAUGUUUUAUCACUGACUGAAGAGUAUGACUGCUGAGAUGUUUUUUUUAUGGCCAAGCACUAAAAGAAGUGGCAUAUUGUGCCUACUGGCUUCUCUGCAUUAUGUCAAUUUUAUAUUGAAGUUAAAUAUAGUAACAGGAUUAUACACUUUGUAUCUAAAUGUUUACAUACACCUGUUCAUCAAACAUUAAGGGUGUUCAAAAGGAGUUCAUCUAACAGCCUCUAAUCUUUCUAAAAAAUUAUUUACACUAAAUGUUGGAACAUUUUCCUUGAGAAUUUUAUUGUAUGUAUCCACAAGAACAUUAGUGUGAGGUCAAAAAUUGGUGUUGCAUGAUUAAGUUCUGCAUCACAAACCCCAGACCCCAGAGACACUACAUAUGAAACUUAAUUACAUUAAGGAACACAGUCCCAAAUUGUGGGCCCUGUACUCUCUCAAUGUCAGUGGGCCCCUAUCUGCGCCAGUACACAAGGUAACUGAGCAAAAAAAAAAAAAAAGGAUUUUCAUGGGCCCUUCUCCCUACUUGGGCCAUGUGUAGUCAGGUCCACUUCCCCCCUCUACCACGCCCACGGUUGGGGGUGUCUGAAUGGUCUUCAUUUAUAUGACCAAUACUAGAAACAGGCAGUGCUUUUCUAUGAAAACUGUAAAUGCUGAUUAUCCACAAAUCAACGCCUCCCUCAGUAAUGGGUGCACUUUAAAAACUGGAAUUCGCCAGUUAGAAGAAGGGUUUGGUUUUAGUUUCAGGAUCUUUACAAUGUUUUACUUCUUUCAAAGUAUGCAAACAGUUAUAGUAUAUAUUAUUGCUGUGUGUAUUGUGCUACACAAUUUAACCUGUACAUAAAGAGUAACUGUACAUUUUGUCUGUUAUUUUGUAUUAUUUAUCUUUGUAAAAAUGUCUGUAAAUGUAAUACAAACAUUUGUAAAAAGUACAGUAAAAUCUAAUUUUGUUUACACUUUUGUUGCUGGCUGUGUAUAUAAAGACAUUUUU